AAAUCCUAGCCUUCACCAGGAUUAGAACCUGGGACCCUCGGUUGGCUAGUCGAAAGCGCUGCCGUCCCCUAUAAGUUUAAAUUGUAUUUAUAUUUCGAUGUAGGGCCUAUAUGUCGCUGCCCCUCCCCAUCUCUUACAUGGCCGCCUGAUGCAGCCACAUUGCCCGCAUCUAUGCAUCAUAACACUGUAGCACGCCACGGCAAGCUCCUCAAGGCUCCUACGACUAUUUCAGACAGAAAAUUUCUGGACCAGGUGAAAUAGGCUAUAGUUUUUUUUGUCACGAAAGUCCAGCCAAUGCCAAGUUGCAACAGUUUUCUUGUCACGACAGUCCAGCCAAUGCCAAGUUGCAACCGUUUUCUUGUCACAACAGUCCCGCCCAAAAAAAAAAAAAAAAAAAAAAACAAAAAAAAAAAAAAAUAAAAAAAAGCCAAAUUGCAACAGUUUCCUUUAAUUUCGUAUAAGUAUAAUGAAUUCAAUACAACUAAACGGUUCAAAUAUUUUGAAAAUACAUGAAUUAAAACAUAGAAGCAUUGGGCGGGGGGGGGGGGCAGUAAAGGACUUAGCGGACCGCCUAUUGCACUAAGUCUAAGCUUACAAGUAAACAGAGUUAUAACUAUUACAAUACAAUUAUUUAUUUAAUUUGUGCAAAGCUUCGGUUUUGAAAUGUGUCUGUCCCAUCUUCAUUAAAGGUCGACUACUUUACACUACCCCCUCCCGGCUUGGAAUAUGAUCCGAAUUAUUUCUAGGAAUUUGCGUAAUUAUGCGAAAAUUUUGGUCUACUGAUAACGAUUAGUAUUAAAUACGCACAGUUCUGCAAUAAUGAAGGGUAAUUACUAAGUACCGGUAGUGGCUUGUACUUACGAACUUAUGGUCGUUUUCUAUGACUAUGAUCGGGGAAUAUUGAAUUGCCAACUCUUAAGUCAUAAGUAAUACUUUCUUUAAAUUAGUAAUAUGAUGUGUAUACCAUAUAGUUAUAAUACAAUGCAUCUAUAAACAGUUUCAUUUUCAGGUAAUCUCAUUUUAAUCAUUUUACCUAUUUUCACGCAUUAAUAAUAUAGACAAUAUCAAAUCAAGAUACUAUAAUUUAUAGUAUAAUAUACAUAAUAAUUAGAUAAUAAUAAUAUUAUAAUAAUAUACAAUAAUAAUAAUGUCAAUAAUAUAUGAUAAAAAAUAUAAUAUAAUAUGGUAAUAGUAUACUACAGUAUAGUAUAGAAGUAAAAGAUAAAUUUAGCUACAUUAUUACUUGUCAUAACAAUAAAUAAAUAACAACGUUUAAUUAAAAACUUAAUUAAAUUAUUUUAUAUAGUAAUAGUAAUAGUACAUAAAACAAGUUAGUCGUGAGUCAUGAAUGUCUUAAUCUGAAUAGUAUAUAAAUUAUAAUAAUAAAACAAGUUAGUCAUGAGUCAAGAGUCUAUUUACACUUACUUAGUUUAGUGGUUAUCAUAUAUCAAUAUAUCAUAGUCAUACCUACUGCCUACUUAUGCUUAGUUACUUAGGUUAUUGUGCUAACAACUUAAGCUUAAGACUUAACUCCUAAGACUAAGACUAAGACUUAAGGCAAGUUAAGGGCUUAACUUAAAGUAAUAAAAAUUAAAAUAAAUCCUAUUAUAUUUAUAGGGCCUAUAGCCUAUAUUAUAUAGGCCUAUGCCUAUACAGGAUUUACUUUAGACUUAAUUAUAUUUAAUAGUAUUAAUAAUACUAUAAUUUAUUAUUAGGCCCACAGGGGGCAAUGCAUUAGCCAUGAUUAGCCCAGCCACAACGAUGGCCACUGGUUGCUAUUGACAAAAAGUCAAGUGUGCCCAUCUUAAUCUGAAUAUUUCAUAGGUACUCCAACUCAAAUUUUUAAUUAUAUCUCACACACACGAAGAGAAAGAGCUGGCUUUAAGCUUUACAAUGACACUAAGAUAAUCUUUGUAUCAUAAUUUAUAGGAAAAAAGUUAUGAUCUUUUUAAUGAUUUAUUUUUCCCCACUAUUUGGCUUUGUAUUUAAUUUUUAAAACUGUGAUUGCAUUAUUAUUAUUACUCUUUUUGUACUAUUUUGUUUGUAUAUUUUUGGCUAUUAAAGUUAGAGCGCUCAAAUUUGGAGGAGACAUUUACAACACAAAUACAAUGAUUAACAAAAACAAAACACAUGAAUUGAGAAUUAAUGUAUUAUAAUUUAUAAAUUAUGAUUUUAUGAGCAUAUUUCAAGUGUAGAAAAAUUUAAUUUUCCAAAAAAUUACAUAAUUAUUAAACAAAUGAAGCUAUUGCUUUAACAUUUUCAAAACAAACAGAUAAUGUACAUCUUAAAGUAAAGCAAAUUUAAAAUAAAUAAAAUGCAGAUCAGCAAAAUGUAUUUAAUAUUAGAAAAAUUAUUUCAAUAAAAGCAACCACUUCCACGGCGAGAAAUUUUUACAUUUUAAAUAAAUAACUUUUAAACUAAUAAAGCUACUGCAAUGAAAUUUUCAGUACAAAUAGAUAGUGACAAUUUAAAUGUAAGAGAAUAUUCAAAUACGGUAUUUAAAAAGGCAAUUAAAACCAUGCUAUCCAAAAUUCAAAAUUGUCAUGUAAGUUGUCGACAUUGAUUUGUGGCUUCAGAGCUCUAGCUACUCUUCAUCCUCAUUAAUUGGUAGAUUAAAAGCAUCUUCCUUCCAUGUUUAAAUUUAUUUUUUUUCCAUUUUGCUAUCCUUGUGAUGGUGAUAUUUGGUGAAGUUCAUACUCACUACACCCCUAGGUGACCCAACUGCAAACGAAUGUAUUGUUAAUGUUUUUUCUGGAGAAAAGGCCACUAAAUCUUGACCUGCUACAGAUAUCACCAACUCUAGCUACGCCACUCAUCUUAUGGUAAACUAAGAUCUGUUAAGAAAUUUAUUCAAUUGAGCUCAUUCAAAUUUUCAAUUUUCCAGUUUGUGUCACCCCUGCAACACCCUAGUGACUCUACUGUACAUUGUUAACUGCGGGCAUGUAAAUACAUAUGUUACAAAUAAUUGCAUUUGCAGUAGACCUAAAAUAUAACUAUUUAGAAAUUGCUCUUAAAUUUUUGGACAUUUAGCCAAGAUAAUUGUAAAAUAAUAUAAAGUGUUUAUUUUAUAUGAGACUCUUUUACGAGGAGUUUGACAUACCCAACAAAUAGACAAGACUGAUAUAUAUAACAUUUAAUAAGUCAUAAAGCAAAAUCAUGGUUCAGGGUGAAUAUUCAAGGAAAAUUUCGGAUUAGACCAGGCCUAAGACAAGGAGACUCAAUGUCUUCUAUGCUAUUUAACCUAACAGUAGAGAGAGUUAUAAAAAGCAUACACAUUGACACCCAAGGAACAAUAACAGGAUAUUUUCUGAGGGAACUUGAGACCCACAACCACUCUCUACAAUCAACCCCUUCACUAUCUUGCAUAUCCUGAUGACAUAGCACUGUUCUGAUGUCAUAGUACUGUUAGAGAAAAGUAGUAAAGGCAUCAAAAGCCUUUACUGAGUUAGAAGAUGCAUCACAGCAAGCAGGGCUGGAAGUUAACAACCAAAAACAAAAUACAUGAAUAUGAUAAGAGGACAGACAGAUGAAAUCAUUAAAAUCAGAAACCAGACUUUUGAAAAAGUAAAUCAUUCAAUUCUAGUACCUAGGAUCUUUAUUAAAUUAAAGAAACUAAUUGUGAACAGAAAUAAAAGAUAGAAUAUCAGAUGGAAACAGGGCAUACAUCAGUAGUCAGAAAAUACUCAAAAAGUAAAAAUAUUAAAAGAAAAACAAAGAAAGGAAUUACAAAACUGUCAUCAGACCAGUUGUAACACAUGCAAGGGAAACUUGGACCCUAACAAAAACCCCAGAAAACCUAUUAAACACAUGGGAGAGAAAAGUUCUCCGGAAUAUAUAUGGAAUAACAAAUGAUGCAUAUUGAUGGAGAAUACGAACCAACCAGGAAAUGUACAGUCUAUAGCAGGAUUCCAUGCUAGGAGCAGAAAUAUAAAAGGGCAGGCUAAGCUGGGCAGGAUACUAAAAACAGAGGAGUGAAGCGGGUGCACCACCAAAACCCCAGAGGAAAGCAACUCAAAGGCACACCUAGGCUUAGAUGGAUGGAUAAUGUGGGAAAAGAUCUACAUACUAGUCUACAGAAGCUGGGAAUCCAAGCAUGGAAAAGAAAAGCAUUAGUUAUGUCUGAGUGGAAGGAAGUAGUGAGGCAGGCCAUAGCCCUACAUGGGCUGUAGCGCCACAGAGAAGGAUGGAUGGAUGGAUUGUAUAACAAUGAAAGAUAAAAUGGUUAUAAAAAUUUACAAACCUAACUUACUGUGGAGUUGAUGUUAUCCAAAUCAGAAAAUAAUGAAGAACUACUUGAAUACUUGAUUGGAGUCAACAGCAUAAGCAUAGAAUUGUAAAAAAAAACAUGAGGGGCUUUCGGCGCACAGAUAAACAGAUGAUUUUAAAAAUUUUUUUGGAAGGAAGUCAACCAACAGAAAUAAGAAAAGUAUGCAUAUCUGUUAAGUUUUCUAUGGAAUUUUUUUUUAAUUCACUUAAUUACUGUGAGAAUCAAAUAUUGAAAAAGCAAGAGCAAACAAUAACAAUUUGACAUGGUAUUGUUAAGAAACAUUUUUCGUUGAACCAAAUUAAAAAUUAAAAUAAAAUUUAUUAUAAAUAAAACAAAAAUAUAGAUUACCAUUCACUUUCUUAACAAGGUGCCAAAAUGUAAAAUUGUUUUUCAUUUAAAUAUUUGUAUUAAUAUAUACUAUUUUUGGAAGAGGGCGCCUUGCUUUAUUUUUUUGUCCCAGGCGCAGCUUUUGCUUGUCAUGGCCCUGUCCAUAGGCCUAUUUUUACUAUAGUAUAUUACUAUUACAAGUUCCAAAACCCUUUUGAGCCAUGACCAAAUUUUUCAUCAUAAAAUAACCACAUAUAUUUUAACUUGCAACAGAAUUAAUGCCAUGAAUGAAAUAGUAAUUGUUAUCAAGGUUACAAAUUUGCUGUUGAGUAUUUGUACAUGUUAUUCUUCUCAACAUUAAAUUUAAAUAUUUUUUCUUAGGUCUGCAUUUUACAAUCUAAACUUAGAGUAGACAAGGAAAAAAUUGCUGAUGUUAGUUCUAAUCCUUCAAUGUCCUUUUUUUUUUUAAUACAAAAAAAUCACCCUCCCUUAGCUUAACAGAGAAUGUACAGGUAAGAGACCAGUAAGAUGACCCCAUUAAUAAUCAAGUUGAACAUUUACAUAUGAACACAUGUUAAGCUGACCUGACAGCCAUGUGACCUCUAUUGUGCAGGCCAUUCCCAGUUAACAGGAACUUUCUCACUUGGAAUAUUAUAUGUAUAUAUUUAAAUGUAUGUCUAUUUCCUCUGUGCAAUAGCAUGUGAUAAAUUAUCUUUUGUUACUUCUGGACCUGGAAACUAAAUUCAUAAUAAUUUUAAAAAUGUAAAUAGUUUAAAUAAAACUAAUGCAGCAGUAUGUUUAAAAUCACAAGGCCCUUCAGAAAAAGGAAAUUUCUAGACUGUUUUAUUUUAGUAAUAAUGAGUGGCUCUGUCACUUUUUUUCAGAAAAAAAAGUUGAAAGCCUUCUGGGGAACAAUGAAUUGCAGAUACCCAAGGCCAGAUGCAAGUAUGAGGUUGUUUUGUUUUCCAUGGGCUGGUGGAGGUGCUGGUUUUUAUACAGCAUGGGGAGAAGAUAUUACAGAAGAUGUGGAAGGUAUACUUCAGCAAAAAUGUGUUUUUCAUUACAUAAAUAUUAUUAAAUGUUAGCUAGCUUGAUUAUAUUUUUUAAGUAAUUUAAACUCCAAAAAUUUGACAUCCAGUUUAUGCUCAUCACUGCACUUGUUGUUUGUUUGAUUAAAAAAUGAAAUAAUAAUAAAGUUUAUUUGAAAAACACGCUUCAUCCCCAAAAUCUCAAAAGCGUGGUACAAAGUCAACCAUAUUAAAAAGAGAAAUAAAAAAAAUCUAAAAUUUACCACAUUUAAAAAACAGACGCAACAAUAUAAAACUAAAUACGAGCAUACCGAUUCAAAGUCUUUCAUCCCGUUUCAACCACAAGCAACACAAGCCAAUAUACAUUAACUGAAAAAGAUGGUAGAUAGCAUCACCCCAGAAGGUGUUUGCGAAAUAGAUGUGUUUUUAAAUCGGUUUAAAAGGACUCCAGUAUCUGGCUGUUUCUGAGAGUGACUGGAAGUACGUUCCAAAUUGUUGGGCCGGUAAAUGCAAAAGUGCGCUUUCUGUAAGUCUCAAGGCAAACACGCGAUAUCGAUAUUUUGCCAUUAUCGGAUGAGCGGAGCUCUCUAGUUGGUACAUAAGGCGUCAUGAGUGCUUUGAGAUAAGAUGGCGCCAGGUCAUGUAAGCAUCGGUAGCACAAAGUUGCAAUUUUGUACUCUAUGCGAGUGCCGACCGGUAGCCAGUGCAGCUCUCUCAGAAGUGUUUUAGCAUGGUCGAAUUUGCGUUUGCGAAGAACAAUGCGAGCUGCAUUAUUCUGUGCUCUUUGAAUUUUAUCCAGGAGCGUAGCUGGGAGACCCACCAUGAGAGAUGAGAGCAUUGCAGUAGUCCAUGCGUGAUAACACGAAUGCAGACAUCAGCCUCUUUGAUGCAUCUAACAUUAAGAAAGGUCUAUGACUAAUCCUGCGCAGCUCUACAAAAUCGCCUUGCAAAGCAUGUUUUAUUUUUUUCCAUAGUUAGUGUUCUGUCUAAAUAGACACCCAGGUCUCGCACUGUAUGAGCAAACUCAAUGGCCAUACCUGAGAGAGUAAGUGAUGUUGUGUUUUUUACAGAUUUUUGUUUCUGAGCAGUGGCAAUGGGGAUCAGCUCAGUCUUUUCAUUUGAGCUUGUUUAUGGUCAUCCAGUGCUUAACUGACUCCAUGUCUUCCGUGUCGUACUAAGAAGUUGAGGGAACUGAGAGGGGAUCACGGAUUGAUGACGUUGUGUAUCGUCCGCGAACAUGUGAUACAGCAUGUCAAAGUGCUUGAUCACUGCACCCAGUGGCUGAACGCACAUAGUGAAUUAGCUGAUGGUCUAGUUUAUUGAAGUUCAAAUACUAAUAUGUUAGUUUCAUCUACACAGGCCUCUGGCCUCUUUUCCAGCAUACAUCUAACAUUUUGAUUUUCUACAACAUUUAUUGUUGCUACCUUUUUUUUUUUUUUUUUUUUUUUUAUUUGUUUUUUUUACGGCCAAGUUUUGUUUUUCUACUACAUUUUUUUUUGCUCUCUUUUUUUUUUUUUUUUGUAAUGGUUCUUAUUACGGCAGAGUUAUGCUUUCUUAAUAUUGGCCAACCUGACUUCUGCUGUCCUUUGCACUUUUUUUUAAGCAGGCCCAAAGAGCUUUUGUUUUGUUAAUCUGUAUAUAUAUUAAAAUAUCAGUAAGUGAAAUGCCAUUUCAUCUGGACAGCAUUGUCAGCCAUUUAGCUGCAAUGCAGAAGUUAAGGUUUUGGUCUGUCAUUAGGUCUGAUGUUUUCCUAUAAUCCUUAAGUUUGUAUCAUAUAUAAAAAGUAAGCUUUUAUGUAUUUUCUUUGUUUUUUCAUUCAUAUAUAGUCAUAGAAAUCUCACCAUUGUUUACAUGUAAAAUAUCUGGACCUGUUUUUUUUUCUGACAAAAAAAAACUGGCAACCCUACCUGUCAUAACUUAUUGAUAUCUAGAAAUUGUUACAAACAUUGAAUUUUAGUGCUUGAGGUAAACUAGUUAUCAUUUUAUUGUUUUAUUAUUAUUCCUUUCCAGUUUUCGGUGUUUGUUUGCCAGGAAGAGAAAACCGAUUCAAAGAUCCUUGCUGUGAUAAUGCCAAAGAUACUAUAGACUGGAUAGUGAGAACCAUACAUGAUGAAUACUUUGACAAGCCCUUUGCAUUUUAUGGUCAUAGGUAGUACAAAAUAAUAAUUAUUUUUUUAAUUAUAGCAUAUUUUAAUAAUAUUGUCAGUGGACAAUUAAUGUCAUUGCACCUACUAUAUGAAAUAGCAUUGGAUUUUUAAAUACAUAAGCUAGUUCUUUGAAUGACAUCAUUAUAAACCACCACCAAACGGAAGAAUGGUUAUGAAAUGUAUGUAUAGAGCAGUAACCAAGAUGAGUAACCAAGAAUGUAACAUGCAGUUCUUAUGAGAUGUUUUGCAAAGCAAUAGGAAAUAUUAUAUUUAUUGCAAAAAGUUGUGCAGUUAAUGGGGUUUUUAGCUAUCAAAGAUUUCAUAAUUAUACUUUAAAUGCCCAUUGUUGCCAUUAUUUCCAGCAUGGGUGCUUUGUUAGCCUUUUUAGUCGCUCUUGAACUUAAACAACAUUAUAAACGAGAACCAGAACAUAUGUUUCUGUCUGGAACAACAGCCCCACAUGUGAGUGUCUAUCUAGAUUACUUGACUUAAUUGUUUUAAAUAAAAAGCAAUUGUAUAAUUGCAAAUGGAUACAAAGCAUAUCUAUCGUAUUCGGUGACAUGUGUAAGUACAAAGCUAAACACAUUCUGAUCCUGGAACUGCUUCCAAUUACAUAAAAAAUUUCUAGGUUGUUAUAUGAGACUAAUUUUAAGUUUAUGUUUAAGUGAUUACCUGUGAAUUUGAUCAUUUUUAUUCAGUCACCUCACAGAUCAUCACGGAUGCUAAAUGUCUCAGAAAUGACCAAGGAUGAAUUCCUAGAAAAGUUGAAACAUUUAGGUAAAACAUUACAAUAUUUUUCUUUUGUAUACUAAGUACUGGCACAUAUAUACUAAGUACUGUCAGGUUCACCAAAGCACUUCUUAGAAAAAUUACAUAUGGUUCAAAAUUCAAAACUCAGCUGCUAGGCUAGUUCUAAAGGCAAAUAAACGUGAUCUUGUCACACCACUACUUCAUUGGCUCCCUGUACAAGCACGGAUUGACUACAAACUCUCUGUUCUCUGUCACAACUUUUUCUCGAAUUCCUACCCUUCCUAUCUAACCGAACGUCUUUCUGUCUAUUCACCCCUUCAACAGCUUCGCUCCUCCGCAGACGCGCAUAUUCUUUCUGUCCCCAAGACUUGCACAAAAACAUAUGGUCAACAAUCUUUCUCUUUCUGUGCCCCCAAACAAUGUAAUUCUCUUCCACUAUACAUCCGCAAUAUACCGACCAUCACAGCCUUCAAAACUGUACUUAAAAUACAUCUAUUUAAAUUUUAAUAAUUUAUGCAAAUUUAAAGCUUAUUUAUGACGAGUAAUAGUUAAGUGGAAAUGCUUGUUUUUUUUUUUAUAUUAUUAUCUUUUUAAUUAUUUCAGAUUAAAGAAAUGUAUAUAUUUAUUUGUAAAGAAAACAGAUAAUACUAUAGUAUAGAGCAGCGGUGACCAACCCAAAUGGCUUCGCUGGCCAUUUUGAUCACGCGUCAACACUUCGCAUGUGCUGCAAAUCACAUAAGCACAUUUUACAGAUUUAAUUAAGAUAUAAAUUUGUUUACAAAUAUAAUUAUAUCGCCUUAAUUUCUAGAAAUUUGUGAUACAUAUAGCAUCGAAGGAGGGGGGGGGGGGAAGGGGGCAAAAUUGGGGGGGGGGGGGGGGGGGGGGGGGGAGGGGGCAAAAUUAAUGGUGCUGGGCGGGAUGCAGGUUGACCACCCCUGGUGUAUAGUUUUUAAUAAAAAAUACUAGAUUAUGAUUGAUCUUUUCUUUAGUUUUUAGACCACAGUUUUAAAGCAGAAGACCAGCUAGCUGAAUUUUUUUUAUGCCUGCCGAGAGCUGAUUAAAAAAAAAAAAAAGUAGUUUGAAGUUUCUCUUAUUUCCACUGAAUUCAUUCAAACAUGUCAUUGUCAAGUAAAUCCUCAGUUUCCUCCAACACUUGGGAGGGUGUUUGAAUUAGUAAACAAAUAACUUAAGUCAAUGGGAACUGCUUUUUUUUUCAUAAAUGAGAAAUGUGUAUUUAUUUGGUGGUAGUGAAAUUCCAGAUUUGAAAAUAAGAAAAGAAAUUGCAUAACAAUUAUGUAUAAGUUUGCGAUUAUUUACUCAUAGCUUAUGAUAAAGCAUUGUGAACACAUCAACAGGUGGGACACCACCGGAAGUGUUUGAAAAUCCAGAACUAAUGGAUAUAUAUUUGCCACCCUUGUAUGCAGAUUUUUGCAUGGUCCCACAGCUCAGGUAAAUAUUUGAAUGAAAUUUUUCAUUCAAAAAAAUUAUAAUUUCUGGAACUUGUAUAGUUCCUUCAAGUAACUUAUUUCAAUUAAAUAGUGUUAUUCCUUUAGUCUUCAAGAUAAUAAAAACAGGACUUCUUUAUGUUAAGCAAAGAAAAAUUCUUCAGAAAUACAUUUUAUUCAAUAAAGGGAUGACUCUUUUGCUGAAAAGUGAAUUUAAAUGUGUUUUUAAAUUUAAACCAAAUUUUUCAAAAUGAUUUUUCAAUGUCAUUUUUUUCUGACCAUUUCACCAUAAGCUAUAAAGAGUGGCCAUCUUUCAUAAAUAUUAAUCUCUAUAUUUCAUAGGGGUCCUAUAUUACAUAGGGGUAUCCAUAAAGUAUAUCGACAGGGAGAGGGGGUUUGUUCAAAAGCUAUCAAAUGCAAACGAGGGUUUAUUAUAAUCAUAAACCACCAAGAAUUUAGUAAACAUUUCAAAAGGGAGAUCAGUCUAUAUCAGGCCUGCACAACUCAAAAUGUAAGGUGGGCCAUAAUACUUUUUGAAAAACUUGUGCGGGCCAUAUGUUGUGCAGGCCACCUCUAUAUAUUUGGUUGCUGUUUAUCAACAAAUGUAAACAGUGUUUUUUUUUCCUUUGGUUGACAUUAAUUGAGUGAUUCAUUUUAGGUGCUUUCCCCUUGAUGCAAUUGUCCUUUUUGGGCACCUGCUUAUGCAUAUGUACAAUGUUUUUUUUUCAUAAACAAUUAUGAUGUGAAAUAGAAUUAAAUGAGUAAAGUCAGCAUAUUCCAGUGUUUCCUACCUCAUACCAUACCCCCACCCUGACAGCUGAUAUGUAGAUCAUAUAGUCUAUGGGUAAAUAGCAAAGAAAAGUUGGGGGAUUGAAGAAGCAGCACUUAUGUGGAGGGGCGGCAUUUUCAAACCAAACCCUCCCCUUCUGCAGUGCAUAUCGGUACAUAAUCAAUGGGUGGAUCCAUAACAUACUGAUGUAAAAGUUAAAAAUACUGACUUCGUGUGCCGGCAGAUGUCCACAAACUAGCUGAGGAAAGGGGGGGGGGGGGCGUAGGGGGAAAAGAGGGAGGAAAAAUGUGUAUAUUAUGGGGAGGUCUUUUAUGGACAAUAAGUUAAAAAUACGGACUUCGUGUGCCGGCAGAUGGCCACAAACUAGGUGAGGAAAGGGGGGGGGGGGAGCGUAGGUGGAAAAGAGGGAGGAAAAAUGUGUAUAUUAUGGGGAUGUCUUUUAUGGACAACCUCUUAUGGCUUCAUGAAUAUUUAAGUUUAUAUAAUUUUUAUGUAUACAUUUUAAAUUAUUGUUCAUAGGUAUGAACACAAUUCCGAUAGUAAACCACCUUUAACAUGCCCAAUAGACUUCUUUGAUGGAAUGGAAGAUAUAGAUCAUGAUAUUGAAGGUAGGAGCAUAUGUCAGAAAUGAAAUUAAAACAGCUUGCUAUUACUUUUAUCUAAUUUUGUAUCAAUUGUUUUUAUAUUGAUAAAAAAUGUGCAACUUGACCAAUCCAGUUUAGUCUAAACUUUCUUUAUAAACUUUCAGCAUGGAGACAAGUCACUAGUGGGUCAUUCUCAUUCCGCAAGAUGCCCGGAGGUCAUUUCUUUCUCAAGGAGCCAGAGAACACUAAAAAAUUAACAAAUUAUAUCAACUUGAGAUUUAGUGGCUUUGAAGACAUUGUGUGAGAAAUCUCUGAAUUUUAAGCUCAACUUCGGACUUCAGCCACUAGUGAAUAAAGACAGCAGUUUCAUUAUUUUUGCAACAAUGCAAUGGGAAUUUUUUUAAAGGAUAAACCAGUGGAUAUUUAACAAAAGAAACUUGUGAAACUAUCCUACCUAAGUGUUAUUUUACUGUUAUUACAUUUGGAUAUAUACUUUUUUAAAAGUAUUUGGCAAUGCUAAAUUAGUCAAUAAAACUAUUUUAAAAUCAAA